CAUUAGUACAAAUUUCCGGACUAUUGAGCUUCAAACUUCCAAACUCUUGGCAACAUGCCCAACCCUUGAAGUCAUCAUCGAAAAUCGAAAUCCCCCGAUUGUAGUUGUUGAAGAUUUGUUGAAGAUUUCUGCUCUGAUUCAGAUUCAAACGCUGGAGAGAAAAAUCCUCAAUUUGCUUCGAAAAUCUCUCAUCAUUACAAAAUCCUCAAUAAGCUGCUAGUGCUAGUGCUGCCAUUGGAACUCCUUUCCGCGAUGAUUUUAAACCUAAGCUCUCAUUCAGAGCCUCAAUUGCGGCCAGUUAAUCGGGAAUAAAAAGAAAAGGGAAUAAUACUUCGGCCAUCUAUGCCAUUUCCCCCUUGGAAGUUGUAGGCGGAGACAAUUUUCGUCUUCCCAUUCUACAAUUGGUCUCAAAAAAUGGCGCAAUCAAACACUCUUCGUCUCAGUAACCCCCGUCUCGUGGAUCAAAUCUUGGUGGCAAUGCUUCAAAACCGACCGUUCGACACCCACAUCCAUUCUGCAGCCUCUACUUCCACCACCCACCAUCAAUGGAGUUCGGAAUCUGUUUCCGAUGUUCUAAGAUCGGUGCCUCGUUUCUUUUUUCAAUCAGCCCGAUCGAUUGGCACCCAAAAGGGUUUUCGGCACCGUGCUCCUCUUAAGCAAAGGAAAUUGAAAGAGGAGGCUUACAAGUUUCGGAACAAUGUGCUUGUUCUCGGCCCUGCUGCUCACAGGGACCCUUUCAAGGUCGAGCUUGGAUUGAAUAAAGCGUUGGAGUUUUUCUAUUGGGUCGAAACCCAUUUUGGGUUUCAACAUGACGAGAUUACUUGCAGAGAGAUGGCUUGCAUAUUGGCUCGAGGGAAUAGAUUGAUGGGUCUUUGGGAUUUUUUGAAAGAAAUGUCCAGGAGGGGACAUGGUGGGCUUGUUACUACUGCGACCAUCACGUGUUUGAUAAAAGUCCUGGGAGAGCAGGGUUUGGUGAAUGAAGCUUUAACUGCAUUUUAUAGGAUGAAGCAGUUUCAUUGUAAGCCUGAUGUUUAUGCUUAUAAUACGGUUAUCAAUGCUUUAUGUAGGAUUGGGAAUUUCAAGAAGGCUAGGUUUUUGUUGGAACAGAUGGAGUUGCCUGGAUUUAGAUGCCCACCUGACAUUUUCACAUAUACGAUUCUGAUCAGUUCUUAUUGUAAAUAUAGCUUGCAAACAGGGUGCAGAAAGGCCAUUCGGAGGAGGUUGUGGGAAGCCAAUCACUUGUUUAGAAUCAUGUUGUUUAAGGGAUUUGCACCAGAUGUUGUGACCUACAAUUCUUUGAUUGAUGGAUGUUGCAAAACGUACCGAAUCAAGCGGGCAUUGGAAUUGUUUGAGGAUAUGAACAAGAGGGGAUGCACUCCCAAUCGGCUUACCUACAAUUCUUUCAUCAGAUACUACAGUGCUGUGAAUGAGAUUGACCAAGCAAUCAAAAUGUUAAGAAUGAUGCAAAAGAUGAACCAUGGAAGUGCCACAUCAAGUUCUUAUACUCCUAUUAUUCAUGCUCUAUGUGAAGGAGGAAAGGUAAUUGAGGCCCGUGAUUUCCUUCUUGAGUUGCUCGAGGGAGGUUCUGUGCCUAGAGAGUAUACAUAUCAGUUGGUAUGUAAUCGGCUGAACUCAGCGGGUAAACCAAGUUUACUAGACGAAGAAGUGCACAAAAGAAUAAGACAUGGAAUAGAAAAUAGGUAUAGAGAAGUGAAGAAAGUAAAGCUAAUUAUGUCCAGGAAAGGAUAUAUUGAUGCCUGUAAUGAACAAAGACAGUAGCUGGACUUUUCACGGUGGGGUAAAGAGGGAUGGAUGAAAACAGGGUUUGGCAAUUGACUAUCUCGUCAUCCACUCCCAGCGGCCAAUUGUGACAAUUGCCAUCUGAUUUUAACUAAUGCAUUGAGCAACUAAGAGAUAGAAUAAGCAAUUUGAAGCUGAUCGGGUUAAUUUGAAUCAAUUUGGAGAUGAUUUGAGCAUCCGGGCUUCAAAGGAGUCAACAAGACCAAAAUGUCCCUGCUUCAGCAUUGUAACGCUCGUGGUUUGGCUUGGCCUGACGCUUGCCCAACGCUAUGAGACAGAAUGAGUAGCGUUGCAACGCCAUCCAUCAGUGUUGCAAACGCUAGGAGCUUUGACGGACGAGGAGCCUCGCGCGUGCGCAAGUGAGCAUCAAGGCAGUGUUGUCUUCACCCUGACGCUCUUGAUCAACUGCCUUAGCGUUGCAAUGCUAGUUCUAACGUUGGACGCUGUCUCGUUUUCUAUAAAUAAUCUCCUUCGAUUUUAGGUUAAUUUGUGCUGAAAAUUGUAUUGAAUCUCAAUGGAGGCCGAGGAGAGGUUGAAACUUCUUCCUUUUCCUUUAUGUUUUCAAUAUCAUUAGGAUAGAUUUUCAUUUUAUUUCGGAUUAUGAACGUGUAUUUGGAUGUAUCUCGUUGGUUUGUUUAUAAAUCGAUGAGGUAAUUCUUUAUCUAGUUCUUUGAUCGAACAAUUUGUGUAAUUCAAUGAGUUUUCUGUCCAA